AUGGAGGGAGCGAGCCAGCUGUUUCCCGAAUACGAGAACACUGCGUCAUUCGAUCGCCUACGUGCCACCGAGUACAGCUACCUGGAUGAGAACGACCAUGUCUACCUGGACUACACCGGGGCCGGACUGGCCGCCAAAGCGCAGUAUCAAGCGCACCAGGCGCGCCUCAGCGCCGACCUGUUCAGUAACCCCCACUCAGCUAACCCGACUAGCGAGGCAUCGACUAGGCUGGUUGAGCAAGCUCGCGCUGAUGUAUUGAGAUACCUCAACGCAUCUCCUGACACUUACGCGGUGAUUUUUACUCCAAAUGCCACCGGGGCGGCACGACUGAUCGGCGAGUCGUAUCCUUUCACUCGCAGCUCAACCUUCCUUCUUACCGCCGACAACCACAACUCGGUCAAUGGCAUCCGGGAAUACGCUCGUCGGCGACACGCACGCACGGUCUACCUACCGCUGCAAAGCCCGUCUCUGCGCGCCGAUCCCGCCGCUGUCGCCUCUGCCCUGGCAUCGCCCCCAUGGCCCUGGACCCGUCGAUUCCGUUCAAAGAAACGCAAGGGUCUAUUUGCCUAUCCAGCGCAGAGCAACUUCAGCGGCGUCCGCCACCCCCUCGAGUGGAUCACCACAGCCCAGCAAGCCGGGUAUGACGUUCUCCUCGACGCCGCCGCAUACCUCCCGACCAACCGGUUGGAUCUCUCUCCAGCAUCACCGCAACCAGACUUUGUUCUGAUCAGCUGGUACAAACUGUUCGGGUUCCCUACCGGUCUGGGCUGUCUAGUCGCCCGCAAAGACGCCGUCAGCCGUCUGACCCGCCCGUGGUUCGCGGGGGGCACCGUACAGGCCGUGCUGACCGGAGUGCCCUGGCACAGCCUGACGACCACGGAGGGGGGGUUCGAGGACGGGACCGUCAACUUCCUGUCCAUUCCGGAGGUGUCCGUGGGGCUGGCGUGGCUCCAAUCCCUGGGGGUGGAGAACAUCCGCACCCGCGUGCGCUGCCUGACAGAGUACUGUCUCGCCGGGCUACAGGCCCUGCGACACAGUGACGGCGCCCCCAUGGUGAAGAUCUACGGGCCAGACCCUGUGCACACAAGCCCCGGGGUCGAUCCCGGCGGCGACGAUCGGGGCGGGACGAUCGCGUUCAAUUUCCUGGAUGCGACGGGCAGGAUCGUCGACGAGCGGAUCGUCGCGCGCGAGUCGGCGCAGGCGCGCAUCUCGCUGCGCACGGGCUGUUUUUGUAAUCCCGGGGCGGCGGAGGCGGCGUUUGGGAUCACGAAGCCCCUGCUGCGGAGCUUGCGACGGCGGUUCAGGGAUAGCCUGACGGUGGAGGAGUAUAUUCAGCUGCUGGGGCUGCCAUCGGGGGGAGCGGUGCGGGUCUCGUUCGGGCUGGUGUCGACGGUGGGCGACGUAGAUCGGUUUGUGGAGUGGGGGGAAAGGAUGUAUCGGGAUCGGGUGACGAUGACGGAUGGGUUGGUGGCGAGGACGGAGUGUUAGAUUAGCUUCCGGGUAUGAAAAUUGGCUGGGAGGAAGGGCUAAAAGGAUUACUUGUUUAUCGAACAUUGUCGCAUCUACUAAGGUUAGUAGGCAGAAGCAUGAUCUCUUGUUGGG